CAAACUACCCUUUUUAUUUUAUUUUUUUCUCUUUCCAUUUGUCACACAAACUCCCUCACUAUCUCACUAUCUCAUCUUCCGGCGAACUUCCGACUACAAAAUGUCAACCGCCGACGAGUUUUCACGAUCAGUCGAUAUGGGUCUCAGGCUCUCCAAACGUAUAUACUACGGCAAAGACGGACCUGCCACGUCAGCUCCAAAACCUCCAUCAAUGGAGAAAUCAUUAUCAUCAUCUUCCUCAGCUUCCUCACUCCGGUUACCGUAUAAUCAUCAUCCAACGGCACCGAUGGUAUACGCCGUUAUAACGGAGCCCGGUGUUGUGGAUAACCCGGAUAUCCGGAGCUACCAGCCGUAUGUUUAUGGACGGUGUAAUCCACCGGCGUUGAUUCCGUUGCAUAUGAUCGGAGUCGUGUUGAAGGUGGAGUGUUAUUUGGAUACCGCGGUUGUUACGGUUGACGGCGUUUGGCGCGUUCAUUGCUUAACGUCAAGUGCAUUAUGCGAUUGUCGCGUUGUGAUUCCGAUGGGUGAGCAGGGUUCACUUCUAGGUGUUGAGGUUGAGACCACUAGAAGAUCAUAUUUUACGCGGUUGAUAACACCUGAAGACGAACAAGACAUGAAUGGCCAAGAAACCACAAAAGAUGGCUUCUUAAUGAAAGGCAAUACAUACACUUUUCAAGUCUGUCAGGUUGAAGGAGGAUCUAAUAUCCAUGUUAAAGCAAGAUGGGCACAGAAAAUGUCGUAUCAAGGCGAUGGUUUUUGUUUGUGCGUGCCGUUCACUUAUCCUGUUCACGUAUUUCCUGUGUCGAAGAAAGUAUCGUGUACAGAAAAAAUACUUCUAGAUGUGAAUUCUGGUACAUAUGGCGCGGUUACAUGCAACAUUGCUAGCCAUCCUUUAAAGGAAGUAAAACGACGAGCUGGGCAAUUAAGCUUCUCGUAUGAGGCUGAGGUUCUCAAGUGGUCUACUCAAGAUUUCUAUUUUUCUUAUUCGGUAUGCGCAAAUGAGAUAUUCGGUGGUUUGCUCGUGCAACCUCCAUCUCUAAAUGAUUAUGAUCAGAGAGAUAUGUUUUGCUUUUAUCUUUUUCCAGGGGUUAACCAAAGCAUGAAGGCUUUUAAAAAGGAAGUUGUGUUUAUAAUCGACAUUAGUGGCAGCAUGAGAGACGAGCCGCUUGAGAAAACAAAAUAUGAAGUCGUAGGAUCUCUUUGGAAGCUAAACCAAGGAGAUAUGUUCAACAUUUUAGCUUCGAAUGGUGAAAUUAAGUCGUUCUCUUCUUCGUUGGAGUUUGCGACAGAAGAAACGAUUACUAAUGCAACUGAAUGGAUGAACACAAAUCUUAUUGCUCAUGGAGGCACCAACCUCAUGCUUCCUUUAAAACAGGCAGUUGACAUGGUUGGUAAAACCAGUGAUUCGAUUCCUCUCAUUUUUCUCAUAACCGACGGGGCUGUUGAAGACGAAAGAGAUAUAUGUAAUACGAUGAAACAUCACAUCGGGAAUGGACAAUUAAAUUCUCCUAGAAUUCAUACAUUUGGCAUAGGUUCAUAUUGCAAUCAUUAUUUCUUGCAAAUGCUUGCAAGUAUUGGAAGGGGAUACUUUGAUUCUGCACUGGAUGUAGAUUCAAUCAGCAUCCGUAUGCAAAAACUGUUUGACAAUGCCACAGCACCUUUGCUUUCAAAUGUAACCCUUGAUGCUUUACAAAAUCUCGAGUCACACGAGAUAUUCCCGUUUCGUCUUCCAGACUUAUUGUCAGGAAGACCGUUAAUCGUGUCAGGCAGAUUCAAAGGGGAAUUUCCUGACACUGUUAAAGCUAGAGGUUUGUUGGCGGAUUUUAACACACGUGUGAUUGAUGUCAAAGUAAUGAAGGCGAAUGACAUGCCGUUAGAAAUGGUAUGCGCGAGGAGGGAAAUUGCUACACUCACUGCACAAGCAUGGUUAGACCAAAACACCGAACUAGAGCAAAAGGUUGCAAAAAUGAGCUUACAAAGAGGGAUUCCUUCUGAAUAUACGCUCAUGAUUCUAGUUCAACAUGAGAACGUAAAACCAGCCAUCGAAUCCGUUUCACCAGAAGAGUAUCGUUGAAUUAUAUAUGGUGGGAUCUUCAGAGGUCGCAAGUGAUCAAUAAAGGGUAUGAUUAUUAGGAAACUUUUGGAAAUGUUUUGGUAACUAUGGAGGAUCCGAGAAUGUAUGUUUUUAGUUUUAAAUUAAUGCUUGUGUAAACGACUUUUUGUUGAUUGGAAAUGGAACCGAUAUUUGCUUAUUGA